AGUUUUCGUGCGGAUAGAGAUCUACGCGUCCUUAUGCACAGCUUGUGCGACGCACAUAGCUAACACAGCUUCUGUUAAACACACUGCGCGCAUCACUAUGCAAAAACAAAUGGCUUGGAGGCAGCAUAGAGUGCCGUCGCCCUCGCUGCCAACUGCGGGACUGACCGCCAUUACAGUUUCAAGUAUGAUGGACGACCACAGCAUUAAUUUAAGCGAUGACGAGGACGAUUUCGAGCAUCCGACCAGUCCCCACGAACUGCAAGGAACUUUGUGCAAAUGGACUAACUACAUCCACGGCUGGCAGGACAGAUUCAUCGUGCUCAAGGAUGGCACCCUGUCCUACUACAAGUCCGAGAAUGACACUGCUUUUGGGUGUCGUGGCGCGAUCAGCAUUUACAAGGCUACGGUCAAGCCACACGAGUUUGACGAGUGCCGUUUCGACGUCAGCGUUAACGACUGCGUGUGGUACCUGCGAGCAGAUGGACCGGAGGAGAGAAAUCUGUGGGUCGAGGCUUUGGAUGCCUACAAGGUUGACUCUGCAUAUGGAAGUGAGAACAGCCUACGACGCCACGGCUCAGCACUCUCCCUGGGCUCAACUAGUGUGUCUUCCUUGAAGAAAGGCCGAGGUCUUCGAGAGAAGCUGCUCGAGAUGGAGACAUUUCGAGACAUUCUGUGUCGUCAAGUUGACACCCUUCAAGCACACUUUGACGCCUGCGCUGCCGAAGAACAGAAUGGCCAUGCUGGCAGCCCGACGAUGAAGGAUGGACUAGGUGAAGAGGCAGCAUCAAAAACUCAGGAGAUCUUGGCGCCUCGAUGUAAAGAGGGUGGUGACCGGUGUCGCGAGCGGCGGUCACCCGCAGUCCCGGGAAUGCUUCCACCUGUCGACUUCCGGGGUGAAGCCAUUACGUUCAAGGCCACCACUGCGGGCAUCCUAGCAACUCUGUCACACUGCAUCGACCUGAUGGCGCAACGAGAAGAAGCCUGGAAACGAAAGCUUGAACGGGAGGUGGACAAGCGCAAAAAGAUGGAGGAAGCCUACAAGCAAGCCAUGUCCGAAGCGAGGUCACAGCCUCCAGCUGUGCUUGGAGGACCUGACUAUGAGGAGGGGCCACACAGCAUGAUUAAUGAAGACGAGUUCUUUGACGCCAUAGAUGCUGCACUGGACAGAAGUGAGCAGCAGGAGGAGGAACGGCGUCAAAUAAAGAACAGGGUACGAGAAAUGCUGCGACCGGCCUCUGCAGCAUCUCAGCAUCCACUCUGGAAUGAGGUGGAGGAGAUUACAAUGGAACAGCUGCGCUACGCCAAGAUGGGUGUUGGUGAAGGCGGUUGGCAACUGUUCGCCGAAGACGGGGAAAUGAAGAUGUACCGGAGAGAAGUGGAAGAGGGUGGUAUCGUGUGCGACCCCCUCAAGGCUGUGCAUAUUGUACGCGGUGUCACAGGCCGCGAGGUCUGCCACUACUUCUACAGCCCGGAAGUGCGCUUUGACUGGGAGACGACCCUGGAGAGCAUGGAAGUGCUUGAGGUGCUAGAGCCCAUGACUGUCAUAGUCCACCAGAUCCACAAGCGGGUGUGGCCAGCCACCCAGCGAGAUGCCCUCUUCUGGUCACACAUGGCACGGGCACCCAACGAAGAGGACCCCGAUGCCCAUGACGUCUGGAUCGUCUGUAACAACUCGUGCGACACUCCUAACGUGCCUCUUGGCAAGUGCGUACGUGUUCGGCUGACUGUGUGCCUGAUGUGCCAGACAUUCGUGGACCCGCCACAGCCAAACACCAACAUCACUCGAGACAACCUCUCGUGCAAAAUCACCUAUUGCUCCACCAUCAAUCCUGGUGGCUGGGCACCCGCAUCAGUUCUACGUGCUGUUUACAAGCGGGAGUACCCCAAGUUCCUCAAGCGGUUCACGCAGUAUGUCAAGGACCAGACAGAGUCCAAGGAGAUCAUGUUUUGAGACUGCCCUUUCGCACGUCCGGCUAGAGCCUGCAUCUUCACUUUGGUGCAAAGCAAGGUUUCUUUUUAAAAGGAGUGCAGGUGACCAAAGCAGUCCUUCACCAAUCCGAGACAACGAGGGUGACAGACAAAAAAGACUUACAGUGAAAUAAGUGAUAGGACACAGAAGUGUCGUACAACUGCAGACCCGAGAAAAUGUAGAAAACACACAACUGAUGCAGAUGUUUACAGGAAAACAGAAAGGCCAAAGGGAGCCAAAAAUUUUAAGAAGGAAUGAAAAAAAAAUGCGUAACUUCUGAAGCGAUCGGGUUGUAGCGAGGUGUCAGCCACGCCCUUAAAAAAAAAGUUUAAGCACUCGAAUUGGUGUAGUGGGUGUUGUAAGGUGUGUCGGAGUAACCAGCUGCAUUUAUGAGUGCCCACGGUAAUGUUAGUGCAGAUAUUAAUGUGUGGAUAUGCUAGGCUUUGGUACUGUGAGAAAGUCAAAAACAUGUAUCUUAAAACAAAAAAAAAGCAGGGUUUCAAUUCAUAGUGGCAAAAGCUAUGACUCCACUUUAUACAAAAAAGCACUGCGAGAGCCAGAGCCUGAGAUGCAAAAAAAAAAAGCAUUUAUAGCUUUUUCGUUCUAUUUUUUGAUCCGCGGUUGUACAUUGCAGUUAAAUUCAGGUCGUUACAUUUUUUCGGUUGUAUUACGUUGAAAAAUACAACUUCAAACGUUGGGGAGGUGGAGUUGGGGAGGAGGGAGAGUAUGGAGGAACCACCCCUCUGGAAGUUCACAACGACCCACUUCAAAGUUUGCACUUGUUCCAAGUCGCGCAAAGUGCUAGGUCCCUUAAAUUUAGUUGUCACUGCAUUGUUGUUUCCUUCCUUCUUUUCUUUCCCCUUCUCCCGUGAGAUUCAUAAGGUCAGCGUUUAUUGUACUGCAAGCGAGAGCAAGCAUUUCAAAAACACGGUAAUUUUUUUACAGUCGAAUAACACUGCCGUUUCUCAUUAGUAAAUGCGAAUGAAAGAGAGCAUUAGUGGUGAAAGGCUUUCGUAUUCCACCGAGCAAUGUUCAGGCAUAAGACUGAGACAAUAUUGCGCAAUUGGGGAGGAAAAAAUGGGGCUUGUGCUCGGUUUUUUAAUGGUGCCAACAUACCCAUCGGCACACGUGUUGUUCAUCUUUGUGAUCUUUGCACUUCAUUCUAAUCAACAGUCAGGUCAAAUAGAGAGUCGCAUCGCUCCUUGACUUUUGCUGAAACAUGCAGCAUAUUCUUGGGUGGAGCUGAUUUUCGUGGAAGUGAAUGGCUGCAAAAGAGUGCAACGUUGGAUGCAGAGUUGCGCGAGGCAACCGUCAAGGGAGCCAGUAGGUUUGAGUGUGACUAUGGGACAUCACUUUUGGCUCUUCGCAGCGUUCUGUCAGUUGGGCUGUCUACCAGAAGUAUUCCAAGCCAGUUUUUUAAGUGUGGCCACAAGAGCCACAGGCAUUGCCACUAAGAUUGUCUUGUAGAGGCAGUGGACCCCGUUCAUUAUUAUUGCACUUUUUUUUUUUACACAUGCAAACAUUUUAAGGAGGUUAUUGGUGCUACGGCAGUACACUUGCAGCCGGUCUGUGGUGCAAUGAAAAAAAAAAAAAAAUAUGAGGAUAAGUUACGUAAUGCCUCGCCUUAACUUCUUUACAUCUACACCAAGUCUGUGUUAUUUUUGUCAUGUCGUUUACUCCUCUUUAUACCGGGUGUGUGCUGGCACAGAUGCACCGUUCCUUUCGCGGUUUCUCAAUUUUCACGACCCAUUUUUAAAAACUGCAGCAUCUAGUCACCACUAUUUCAUCUCUAGCAUGAUUUUAAGUAAUGUACUCAAAACAAAUCAAAGUGGUUUACACAUUUUAUCAUAGUUUUUUUUUUUUUUAGCAAAGUACUGGCCUUUAAAGCAGCCACCUCUAGGUUCUCGCGUGGUCUUUUUUUUUUCUUUUUAGCCUUAUUGCAUAAACAGUGCACGUAUGUGUUUCAUUCUUCAAGCUGCUGCUUGCAUUGCAAAAACGAGCAAAAUGAGUACAUGUUCACGCGAACUGUUCUGUUUUGUCUGUGUUUCAGUAGUUAGGUGGCCUUCGUUUUUUACCUCGAGAAGUUGACUCUUGAGUUUGUUGCAUACUCGUGAGAUGUCUCCUUUACAAAAGCAAGUUGGAAGUCUGUGCAAAUCGCAAUGCACGAAAAUGCAAGGGGGAUAUGGGAGUCCUUUUUAUAUAGUAUACAUCUUUCGUGGUCUGCAGAGUUUAACGUAAUUUUGUAAUUUGAGCGAGCUGAAAACCGCUGCUUCGAAGUGCUUACCGUGCUGCGGCUGACGCGUAGUGUUGUUCUGUUAGGGUUUUGAGCAGCGGUGCGUUGGUGGAACUGUUGAACAGGACAUUGGUGAAUGCUCUCCUUGUUACCGCUUUCUAAGAGGGCUGUCGCGUAUGUGCCAGCGUCGGCUGCCUGCCUGCCUAACGGUUCUCCUGCCAUGGCAUCUCUUCCUGUUGUCUUGCUUGUGCAUGAGAGUGCGAUGCUUUUUUGUACAUAAUAUAUAUAAAUAUAUAUAUAUAUGCGGGUUUGUAUUACAUGCACAGCUAUUAAAAUGUGUUUUGAUGUCA